AUAGGUUAAUUGCACACUAUUUUCUUAUCAAUGCUUUGAUUCCUUGUAAGGUCAAGUAACGCUGAUAGGCACUGGUUGCAACACAAAAUGGAUGAAUUGUCGGUCACCGUGCGCAGCAGCUGUCAACCCCGCUUCCGGUUGUGUAGAGUGCAACUGCCCCCAAAUAAUGACAUCGUUGCCGGUUACACAAUCACAGCCAGUCACGACGUCAUACAGAAGCACCGCCUCACAGACACCCAAAUCAUCAACGAUUACAUCAGCUGCAACGACGACAGGAACUACCUCACGUGUAUCUAGUAAAAUGACGUCACAGACACCUUCUACAACAGCCACAACACAAUUCACUACAACGUCACAGAAGGCAAUUACAUCAUCCGUGUCUAGCACUACGUCACAACCCUCUACCACAAAAACCACAACACCAUCGACGACACAGCCUCUAUCUUCGAGUAGAAUCUCAACUACUGCAGUACCGCCUCUCUCUGUCUCGUCAGCUUCUUCAACUAAAUCCGUCAAUUCUUGUCCGGGCGCUAUACAGUGUAUUCUAAGCUGUAAGAAUGGAUUUGUGAUCGGUCCCACACCGGGUCCCGAUGGUUGUCCUAGCUGUUCAUGUAAAACGGUUCCAACUACCCUAAAGACCAAUAUGUCCACAACAUUAUUUAAGCCCGUUAGUUUCCCGGCUCACCUCACGAUCUCGCCUUCAGUGACCACGCCCAUCACCAAGACACGCCUACCUAGCAGUACUCUACGGAGAAUCAUAUGUCCGGGGGUGUUCAACUGCUCUAAGACUUGUUACACUGGAUACCGCCUAGACUCUCAGGGGUGUCCGCUUUGUGAAUGUGCACCACAACCAACAGGGCUGCCCUGAAAAUUG